UUUUCCUAGAGGAUCACGACCGAGUCACUGAGAGAGACACUCGCGGGGAGUUGAGCUUCGACACUGAAAUACCCUACCUUUGACAACACCCCUCACUGACGUUUGCCACCGUUUGCUUGCCGUAUCAAUCCAUCAAGAUGCUUCUCUUUUGCCCCAACUGCGCCAACAUCCUCACCGUCUCCGCCUACGCUGGCGUGCGCAACCGCCUCGAGUGCCGCACCUGCCCCUUCGAGCACGCCAUCACGGAGCCCAUCUACUCGCGCCGCGACUUCGAGCGCAAGGAGCGCGAGGACGUCUUCGGCGGCCCCGGCGAGUGGGACAACGCCGACAAGGCGCGCGCUCAGUGUCCCAAGGAGGGCUGCAACGGCGAGGAGGCCGCUUUCUUCCAGGUGCAGAUUCGCAGUGCCGACGAGCCCAUGACGACGUUCUACAAGUGCAUGACUUGCGGAAAUCGGUGGAGAGAAAACUGAUAUGGAGGAGAGAGGUUGAUCAUUUCACGGUGCAUUGCGAGGCGUUGGGCGGGGAUGUUUGGGUUUACUUGGUUUCAUUUGAUAUCCGUGAUCUUUGAUCUCGCUCCCGGUCGCGUUUGCUCAGCGAGGCGGCCUCUGUAAGGCUGCGCUGCGUGUCGAGCAUUCGACACGAGGCGGCAUUAAUCUCAUGCGACUGGCUGGCAUCGUUACCGCAAACGCCCCUUUAUUUGUUUUUAUCGUCAUAACCUCGUGAUGUGUCUGGCAUCGUACUACUUCUGCGACUGCGCACUUCUCCUGGGCAGUCGCCAACGGUCCAUGUCCACAAUUUUUUGAGGCCUGCCCUGCCUCGAGUGCAUUGCCCGGCCGUCAUGUUCCUCGACCCACAACAUGCAUCCAAAUUGCAUGUGUGUCCUUGCCGUGUGUCUAUCACAGCCGUAUUCAUUAUCAGACGUCUCUCCACGGCAUCCG